UCUGUGGGGUUCCGUAAACGUCGCAGAGCCUUCGCCGCAGCCUGAGAAUGUUAAGCUUCAAAUUACGUGAAUUGCGUAAAAGAUUUAGAAUUGCUCGUAGAAGAGAAUAGGGAGACCGGAAAAUGUAAAUAGACUCAAUUGGCUCCUGGAUAAUAAUAUUAAUAAUCUGUAUAAAGCUAUCCAAGACUGCUAUCGAAUUGGAUAAAGAGUUUUCCUCUCAGGAAUUUUAAUGAAAGGCUUCACAAAGAUUUCACUUUGGAAUACCCAGUGAAGAAAGACCUGUAAAGUUUACUGAGCAUCUACUUGAAAGAGAAAGGGGGGACAAAAAGUUUACAACCACAGAAUCCAGGGUUUUUCCACUUGAAUUCAAAUCAUGUUGCACAGAUUGAGUUUCAACUCCGUGCUGAAAGGAAAUGCCGUUUAUUUCCGUCAUAGAAUAUGUUCACAGUUUAUUCGAGGUGUUUCACAGGCAAAAUAUUUACCUGUGAUCAAUUCAUCAUUCAGAAACACUACUAUUCGACAUUGGAGUAACAUUCCUUUUAUUACAGUCCCUCUCAGCCGGACACAUGGUAAGUCGUUUGCUCAUCGAAGUGAGUUAAAGCAUGCCAAGAGGAUCGUGGUGAAGCUUGGUAGUGCUGUUGUAACUCGAGGAGAUGAAUGUGGGCUUGCGCUUGGACGUCUGGCAUCAAUUGUUGAGCAGGUUGCAGUAUUACAGAAUCAGGGCAGAGAGAUGAUGAUUGUAACAAGUGGUGCAGUUGCUUUUGGAAAGCAACGUUUGAGGCAUGAAAUCUUGCUCUCACAGAGUGUAAGGCAGGCACUACACUCUGGUCAAAACCAGCUUAAGGAAAUGUCGGUCCCAGUGCUUGAAGCACGUGCAUGUGCAGCUGCAGGGCAGAGUGGUCUUAUGGCACUUUAUGAAGCAAUGUUCACACAAUACAGCACAUGCACAGCACAGAUUUUGGUUACAAAUUUGGAUUUUCAUGAUGAUCAAAAGAGAAGAAAUCUGAACAGCACUCUCCAUGAGCUACUAAGAAUGAACAUUGUCCCAAUCAUUAACACAAAUGAUGCUGUUGUUCCCCCUCCAGAGCCAAAUAGUGAUCUGCAGGGGGUAAAUGUCAUCAGCAUCAAGGAUAAUGACAGCUUAGCAGCACGCUUGGCUGUUGAAAUGAAAGCAGAUCUUCUUAUUGCAUUAUCUGAUGUAGAAGGUCUCUAUGAUAGUCCACCUGGCUCUGAUGAUGCAAAAUUAAUAGAUAUAUUUUAUCCUGGCGAUCAACAGUCUAUCACAUUUGGAACAAAGUCACGUGUUGGCAUCGGAGGGAUGGAAGCCAAGGUUAAGGCUGCUCUCUGGGCUUUGCAAGGAGGGACAUCUGUUGUAAUUGCAAAUGGAACACAUCCAAAAGUUACAGGGCAUGUCAUAACUGACAUUGUUGAAGGAAAGAAGGUGGGCACUUUCUUUUCAGAAGUGAAACCUGCAGGUCCCACUGUGGAGCAGCAGGCAGAAAUGGCUCGAAGUGGAGGUCGAACUCUAGCUUCUUUAUUGCCUGAACAGAGAGCUGAAAUAAUCUGUCAUCUGGCCGAUUUAUUGACAGACCAAAAAGAAGAGAUUCUUUCUGCUAACAAAACAGACAUGGAGAUUGCUGUUAGUGGAGGCCGAUUAUCUCCACCACUACUGAAAAGGCUGAGUCUUUCUUCAGCAAAAUUGAACAGCUUAGCUAUUGGUUUAAGGCAGAUUGCUGCAUCUUCUCAGGAUAGUGUUGGCCGAGUGAUACGACGUACACGUAUUGCAAACAAUUUGGAAUUGGAGCAAAUAACUGUCCCUAUUGGUGUCCUUCUUGUGAUAUUUGAGUCUCGCCCUGACUGUCUUCCACAAGUUUCAGCACUGGCUAUUGCUAGUGGAAAUGCAUUGUUGCUGAAAGGAGGAAAAGAGGCUUCAAAUACCAAUAACAUCUUACAUCAAUUAACACAAGAAGCUCUAUCCAUCCAUGGAGUCAAGGAUGCUGUUCAGUUGGUGAGCACCCGUGAAGAAGUUGAAGAUCUUUGCAGGCUUAAUCAGCUGAUUGACUUAAUUAUACCAAGAGGCUCAUCUCAGCUUGUUAAGAAUAUCCAGCAUGCAGCUAAAGGAAUUCCUGUUCUUGGACACAGUGAAGGAAUCUGUCAUGUUUAUGUUGACUCUGAAGCCAGUAUUGAUAAAGUUAUAAAAAUUGUAAGAGAUUCAAAGUGUGAUUACCCAGCUGCAUGUAAUGCAUUGGAAACUCUUCUAGUUCACAGAGAUCUUUUAAGAACUCCACUUUUUGACCAGAUCAUUGACAUGCUUCGUGUGGAACGAGUGAAAAUACAUGCCGGACCAAAGUUUGCAUCCUAUUUAACAUUCAGCCCUUCAGAAGUGAAAUCCCUGAGAACUGAAUAUGGUGACUUAGAGUGCUGCAUUGAAGUUGUAGACAGCAUGCAGGAUGCAAUUGAUCACAUUCAUAAAUAUGGCAGCUCUCACACAGAUGUUAUUAUAACAGAGAAUGAAAACACAGCAGAACAGUUCUUGCAGCAGUUGGAUAGUGCCUGUGUUUUUUGGAAUGCAAGCUCUCGUUUCUCUGAUGGUUACCGAUUUGGUUUAGGGGCUGAAGUUGGUAUUAGUACAUCAAGAAUCCAUGCUCGUGGACCUGUUGGAUUAGAAGGUCUGUUGACUACUAAAUGGAUUCUUCGUGGAGAUGGACACACAGUGGCAGAUUUUUCAGAACAAGGAAGUUUGAAAUACCUUCAUGAGAACAUGCCUGUAACUCGAAGAACCUCCAAUUAAAAUCUGUCCUGUGGAAAGAAGAAUAAUUAAUUUAAGAAGGAUGAUAUUCUCUAUUGUGUUGUGAAAAAAAUCAUUUUUACAUUAUUCAAUAAUGGAAAGAUGACAUUCACUAAAAUAAAAUGUAUAACUUGUCUUAAAAACAAGAUCUUAAACUGCUAAAGCACUCCCAGCCAUGAAGAUGGAAAAACAUAACACUGCAAAAAUGAGAUUUGGUCCUUUGUCUUCUCCUACUUCUUCCUUUAAGAUGGCUUUUCAAAAAAAAAAAAAAAAAAGACUUUUAUGCUAUUUUUUAUAUCAUUGGAACCAUUGUGUACAAGAAAAACUUAUUUGAACUUCUUGAAAUUGAACCUUGGUAGAAUAUUUAUCAGUUUAUGGCUAUUUUCUUAUUUGUAUUCAUUAUCGUUAGUCAGCGAUGUUUAAUGUCAGGCAGCAUUCCCAACAUGGCACUUUAUGUAUUAAAUGACCUUAUUUUAUCUUCAUGAAACAUGUGUUUGUGGAAGAGAAAUGUUAUUAGGCUAAAAAAAAAUAAAUUCAUUGUAUGAAAUUUUGGUGGUGCCUAUGGUAUAAAAACUAAUUUAACGGUAGAGUGAAACAUUUUAUAGUUAACAUGGUAAAAUUCUGCAAUUUUCAAACUUCCCUUUUUAAAAAUGUUCUUUAGCAGCUGCUAUCAUAGAUCAGAAGUUUUUGCUGCUAUUAUGUGAUUAUGGUUUUUGCAAAGUCUGAGAGAAAAAGAAUUUGGAAUAUUAUCACCCCCGUUCGAUAUGUAUAUGCAUGAACAUAUUCUUAUGUAAACUUUUACAGUGAAUAAGAGUUUUUUGAGACUGUUGCUGAAUUGUUGAGGUUUAUUUGUUAGAAUUCUGUUGUCCUGAGUUUCCACCAAGACCCCACUCACUGCCUAAGAUCUCUGCAGUGCUGCUAAUUCUUAAGCUUGAUAAAUUUAGCUAUUUUGUGUUUUUAUGUGCUAGAUUUACCAAUAAAACUGAGCUUAAUUAGUGCCUUUCACAAAAUGCUGAAAUUUAUGCAUACAGUGUAAUUUAUAUUAAUGGUGUGUAAGUGUGUAUGUGACUGUCUGCACCUAUGUAUAGGUGAGAUUGUAUUCAGAAAUGUACACAUCUUAAUAAAGAAUAUAUUUUAUAAAUAGUGGAAUGUAUUUCUAAGUAGUACAAUUUACAAAUUAGUUUUCUUUAUUAAAAUGUGUAUGUUUUAGAUUAGAUUUCAGUAAAAAAAUUAUUAUUCCUGUAUUUCUUUCUGAUGAUUGUGUACUGCAGAGAAUUGUGUUUGUUUUCCUAGAUAAAUUCAGAAACAUAUUUCCUUUUGACAGUGUAAACAACUGGUCUGACAAUUGUUUUGAGUAAUCAAA